AACUGUUGCGGUACUGUGUGUGUGCUUUUGUUUUGCGAGUGAUUUUUCAUUGCCAUUAUCGUAUGACCGUAGACUCUAGAAACUGCCCAGUCAGCCACCGACUUUACGCUGUUGUCAUCAGCCUUUUUCAUCCGCGUGUUAUUUUCCUGAGUUGAAAACAAAUAUUAUAUAUACGGUGCUGAACUUGCCGAAUUUGUCCCCUGGCUUGCAAGUUGCCGAGGAGUGUUGGAAAGGACUUACAGUAUCUCAAUCGAACGCACUAAAUAGACGGAACGGCUUUUUCGGGUCCUACAAUGGCAGAACGAUUCCUGCCGUGCAGGGUGGUGUUGGCAGUGACGUCACUAGAUCGCGGCUAUCUCAAGGACAACCACUAUGAUACGGUUUGCGUGAUCGACGGCUCGCAGGUACCGGAAGAGUUAAAAGCUAGUUUCGCUUCACGUAAAGAUAUUGAUGCGGCAUUUGAAAACGAGAUUUGCUGUUUCAAAUCGGAUGCACUGAAUUGUCGCGUGGUUUAUGCUCCUGUUGGUAAGUUGACGGACUUCGAUGAUGUGCGACGCUAUGCGGAAGCUGCAGGUCGUGCUUUGGGACGAGCAAUAAAAGCUGGGGCUAAGCAGCCGGUAUUGGCCGUGCCUACUAACAGGGAUUUUGCGGAAACCGAGUUGGUUACAGUGUUGGGGGCUUUGGCUGCACUGUAUGUUCCUUUGGAAUUUCGCGAGGAUGUUCCUGAGAAAAAGCAAAGAUUCGAUCAAAUCGGAUUCUAUCAUCCAGAUUCGAACAAACUGUCAGCCAUUGUGAAAGAAGCUAAAGCAUUCGAGGCAGGGCGGCUAGUGGCCCGUGAUAUCGGUGGUGGGGAUCCAGAACGUAUGGCUCCUCCCCGUGUUGAGAAGUAUCUCGAUGACGGCGUAUUUGAUUCAAAUUUAAUAUUCAAAACCGUGAUUUCAAAUGAAGCUAUUCUAUUGAAAGAAUAUCCGCUCUUUGCUGCGGUAAAUCGUGCUGCCGCAUCCGUUCCACGCCAUCAAGGUCGCCUAAUCUUUUUGGAGUAUAAAUCCAACAGUCCACCGAAGAAAACUCUUAUUCUUGUGGGAAAGGGUGUCACAUAUGAUACAGGUGGUGCUGACAUAAAAACUGGAGGUGCCAUGGCUGGCAUGAGCCGGGACAAGUGUGGAGCGGCUGCUGUGGCUGGAUUUAUGAAGGUCGUAGAGCAAAUGCAACCGCAAGGAGUGCAUGUUAUUGGCGUUUUGUGUAUGGUUCGUAACUCGGUUGGGGAAGAAUGCUACGUUUCCGAUGAGAUCAUUACUUCAAGGGCCGGUGUCCGGGUGCGUGUCAAAAACACCGAUGCUGAAGGUCGCAUGGCUAUGGCCGAUGCCUUGUGUCAGAUGAAAGAGCGCGUCAUUGCAGAAAACAUGCCAGAUGUUCAUAUGUUCACCAUUGCUACCCUAACAGGACACGCCGUUUUGGCAGUAGGAAACCAUUCUAUUGUUAUGGACAACGGACCGGCCAGAGCGGCGGGACAUGGUUUGCGCUUACAGGAACAAGCCGAAAAGAUUGGCGAUCCCUUCGAGAUAUCCAUUCUGAGAAAAGAAGAUUUUGAUUUUCAUGCUAGUGAAUGCUAUGGGGUGGAUAUCUUACAGGCCAACAGUUUACCAUCCAGUAAAACUGUUCGCGGUCACCAGAUGCCAGCAGCAUUUAUGAUGCUUUCCACCGGCUUAGAUAAACAUGGACUUAGAUCUAGCCGUCCGAUCAAAUAUUCCCAUCUUGAUAUCGCAGGAAGUGCUGGAGAUCUACCCGAUCAUCCGACCGGUGCUCCUAUUUUGGCAUUGGCCAGAACGCACUUGCACUCGUAACACUACGCAUCAUCACAUGCAUGAACGCAAAGCGAAAAAUGUACGUUUAUUGUCUUUCCUAGCUUUAUAAGCAUCACAAACUGAACUUCACAACGGUACUUAGGCGAACGGAUAAAUUGCCUCCUAAAUACAAUCAUACCUUGUUUCAAAUAAAUAAAUACGUCAAGACA